AGCAGCAGCAACAUCAGCAGCAGCAGCAGCAACAGCAGCAACUGCAGAGGAGCCGUAGGGAGAGAGGAGAGAGGCACAACCCGUUCGAAUCCGCCCGCAGACGUGACGACAACGAUGACGAUACCGCCCGCAGACGUGACGACAACGAUGACGAUAGCGCCCGCAGGCGUGACGACAACGAUGACGAUACCGCUCGCAGACGUGACUACAACGAUGACGAUACCGCCGAGAUCAAAGUUACUCCAGCUAUAGGCGACAGCGCGGACGACGAUGACGACAGCGAUACCAAGGCGAUGUCCAACCCUGGCGGCAGCAUAUCAAACUACGGCUCUGUGGCCGAAGCAGCACGUGACCACACGUCGCCUAGCAACGAGAUAGACGCCUAUCCGGGCAUAAAGUACGCGCAUCAAACUAGGCGAGGUUACAACGAUCACCACCAGGCGGCAGCACAUUCGGCGUACUCCGAUCAUCUCGCCUCCAAUCAGCAAUACGAACAGCGGCGUUACCAUGACAACGAGAGGCCGCCCAUGCGGCAGGACGUGCACGCAGCCGCCUUUAGACGUGAGCCUCUUCCCGACAGCUAUAGCAUCCGCUCGCUGCCGCCAGGGAACGGGUACGGUCGUGGGGUACCUUCAGCAGGCGACCACCUCGGCAGCUACCCGCGGAAACAACCUGUGUACACCCACGACGUUGCCAUACAUGGCGCCCCCUAUCGGGGUUCUGACGAAGCAUACAACGAUGACGUUGGUGAUAGUUACUACAGGCAGGGUGAUUCGCAGGAGCAAGCAGCGUACAGCCGCGGGCAAGCCGAACUGACAGGCUGGCAGCAGCAGCAACAACAGCAGCAGCAAAAACAACAGCAACUACUGCAACUACUGAAACAACAGCAUGAACAACAACAACAACAACAACAACAACUGCCGCAACAACAGUGGCAUCAGCAACAUCAACAGCAGCAGGAGCAGCAGCAACAGCAAAACUACCGUCAACAGCAGCAACAUCAUCCACAACAACAGCAGCAACAUCGGGAGGACUACCUCGACCAAAACCCGCAGCAGCAACAUCAGCAACACCAACAUCAGCAACAUCACCAGCAGCUGCCGCAACAGCAACAACAGCAGCAAGGGGAAGAGUUACACCCGAAAUAUCCCCAUCAGUUGAGCCAGCAACAACAAUACCAUCAGCAGCAGCAAUACCAACACCAGCAGCAGCAGCAGCAACACGAGGAGAAUGAUGAGGAGGAGGUGAAAGAGGAGAAGGAGGAGGAGAAGAAGAAUGUUGGGGCACGUCCCCCGGUGUCCAGCGAUACGGACAGGACCAUAGGUGACGCUGCGUACAAGGUGCUGGCGUUAGCACACGUCGUCAUUUCCGGUGUUGGUGAUGGUGAACAGCGGAUAUCCGCCUCACAGAACAAUGCUUCCACAUCAAACAUGGCCGCCGAUGCUGCUGCGCCGAAAACACGCACUGUUACGUCCCAGCCGGCGCCCUCUAGCGGAGAUAUCUGGGUGAAAGCGCUCAACGCGGAUGCAGGAAUGUCAUCGCCCCCUGGCGGCAGCACAAUUCCGGAUGUUAACGCCGGACAUCCUGUGCCUAACAUCGUGCACUUUGUGCGCUUCAACGAGCCGGAAGUGACGUUCGUGCAGAUGCUGUGCAUGCAGGCGGCGCUGCAGUACAUCCGGCCCGACCGUCUGUACGUGCACACCGACCGGCCACCUAGCGGCCGUUACUGGAACAUGAUUCGAGAAAACCCGGCCGUCGUCGUGCGUCACGUGACCCGACCACGACGCGCGCACGGCCGCAAGUUGAGCGCCGAGAAUGCUCUCUUGUUCGUCCGCGUGGCGGCGCUGCGGGAGCACGGCGGCAUCUCGCUCGCGGACGACAUUCUCGUCGUCAACUCUCUCGACGCGUACCGGAAGUACGAGUUCACGCUCGGCUGGCCGGAAGGACGCUACGUCAGCACGAGCGUUCUCAUGGCAACGCGCGACGCCGCCUUCCUGCGCGUGCUCGAGGCCGCCUUCACGCUCGGCGACGAGGUGACGUCACACCUACGUCAGCAGCUGACGACGCGCGUGCUGUGGCUGCGGCCGGAUCUCGUGCAUGGCGUGCCGACGCGUCUAGGCGUGCACAACGUCUGCUAUGAUGUCUUCUACGGCCCGCUAGACUGGCAGGACUACGACGCCGUAGACCUGAUGUACGCGCAUCGUUACUAUCUGACGCCAGAAGAUCCGAUCCAGCAGCACGACGAGAACAACAUCAAACACCUGGCGACACCUUUCGGCGAAAUAGCGAGGCUUUUGUAUUACGGAACACGAGAUGUAAUAAAAUGAGAUUUUAUUUAUAUUUAAUCUCUUAUAAUGAGUAAGAGUGCGGUACAAUAUAUAGAGUAAGAGGCGCUGUAAGUGUAAUAUAUAUAUAUAUAUAUAUAUAUAAUAUAUAUAUAUAUAUAUAUUUAUUUAUUUAUUUAUGGCGGGUACUGGAGGAUACUAAAGUUUGUUAUAUUAACCCUAAAAAAGUGGUUAAACCGAAAAAAAUUAUUGUUAAAUAAAAUGUUACAGAAAUAUUUUUUCUCUCAUCUUUCCUUCGCAUACGAUCAUCUAUCAGUGAAUACUUCUGCUAUUUGUUCUCAGUAUAUAAUGACUUAGUAACAACCUCCUUCUCGUUAA